CCAUGUCUACUUCCUGGCGGCUCCUGGCCGGGACUCUGGGUGCCCUGGCCCUGGCCCUCUUAGCGUCUGUGUUAGCACUGGGGAUCCUCAUGACAAACUACUCUUCUGGCCAAGGAUCCGAGAGCCCUUUUUCAGUUCCCAACACCACAACCCAAAAAGGCUGCUACACUGGCUCUUGUCCAGAGAACUGGAUCUGGAACAGAGGGAACUGUUACUACCUUUCUAGAGAAAACAAGAAUUGGUCAGAGAGUCAAACUGCCUGCAGGAGUAUGAAUUCCAGUCUCCUGAUGAUAGAAGACAGGGAGGAGCUGCAAGAUUUUCUGAAACUUUUGAAGUCUUAUUACUGGAUUGGACUGUCUCGGACUGGCUCUGCUGGACCCUGGCUGUGGGAGGACGGAUCUGGUCUCUCCCAUGACCUGUCUGUGAAAGACAUUUUCUCUAAUGGAUGGUGUGCGAAUUAUCAACCAGGACAAGAUGAAUUUUCAUCUGAAGACUGUCUCUGGUCAUUGCUUUAUAUUUGUGAGCUAAGAGCUAUGUAGACUUAAAAAUGCUUACCUUAAAAUAAUGUUAUGAAGCAAUCACAUUUCAGUAUAUGCUAUAAAGUUUCAAAGCAUGCCUGCUUUUCUUGAAGUGUAUAUUUUAGAGAAUCAUGUGCAGGUCACUGGACUAUUACUAUACAGAGAUGGGAGAAAGAGAAGUUAUUCCCAUGGAGGAACGACUGAGAGGACCUGCCAAAUUACCCACUGCUGGAGUUAUUCUCCAGCUAAAGAGACCUUCCUCUGAAAUGCUAUCGCCUGCAACUGUAUU